UUAGUUUUUUGUUCAGUAGUGUUAAUGGUGGUAGAUACGGCAGUCAUUUCUUGCUUAGUGGUAGCUACGGCGGUCAUUUCUUGCUUAGUGGUGGUAGCUACAACAGUUUUUUUUUUUUUAAUAGUAGUAGCUAUGGUGGCCAGUAGUGAUUCUAGCAGUAGUUCUAAAGUAGUUCUUUUGACCAAGC